AUGAGUGACUUCUCGGAUGACAAACAAAGUGGAGUCAUCGUUGAAGAUCACGGAAUUAGUGAGCGAGUUGAAAAUAUCAAACUCAAACGCAGUGGCUGGAGAGGCGAUCUUAAAGCGCGAAGCGCUCUACGCGCAGAAAGCGAACGCCGUGCUGUUAUGGAGCAUGAAUUGAGUCUUAUGCGUGACCAACUGCUGCAAAACGCGAAUCUUCUCGCGUCUUCUCACUUUAGUCGAAGUGGCAGCAUGCGGAGUGAUCAAGGACGUCAGCCGUUCUCUUUGUUAGGACCUGAUGGCAAUUCUGUUUCUCUAAGCGGCGGUUCCAGCGAUUUGGAAGAAAUCGCCCUCAUCCUUCGUCAACAACAAAUGAUAAAUGAUUUACGUAUG